GCGCUCAUGACGAGGAUGCAGAAGUAGCAGAACCAGUUCUGAUGACACACGUGUGUAUUUAGUGGUUGGGAGCGUAACUUUUAAGAAGAGCGUGUUUUAAUUGAAUACAUUUUGCAUGAAGUCAGCUCUGGAAAUUGUUCAUAUUCUUUUGUUCUGACUGGAGACAGGGAUGGCUGGAAAGCCAUUCCGAGCCACGUACAUUUGGACGAACAUCAUCAACAACCUUCAGACGCAGGUGGAGGUGAAGAGGAGACGCCACAAUCUGAAAAUCUACCAUGACUGCUUUCUGGGCUCCGAGGCCGUGGACGUGGUUCUGGCUCACAUCAUUCAGAGCAAGUUCUGCAGAGAUGCCGAGGUGCCUCGUUCCAAAGCGGUCCGCCUCUGCCAGGCCCUCAUGGAGGCCAGAGUCUUUGAGGCGGUGGACACUAAGGUGUUUGGGAAAGAAAAGAGGCAAGCCAAGUUUGAGGACAGCAGCUGUAGUCUGUACAGGUUUCUAAAUAGGCAAACCCCAAGCGCAUCAAGCUCAGAGACCAUUGAGAGUACAUACGAGUCUCUCAGCAUACAGAGGAACACGUAUAGUCCGCCCUUCAAAAGGAAAGAAGAUUCUGUGUAUUCAAACAACUCACCUGUCAAAACAGAUAAAUCUCUGGAGGAUGUUUUGGGAAAUCUGAACAUGAGCACAACCAUCACACCACAGAUGAUGAAUCUGGGGUUAUCGCAAGAGUUGAUGGAUGAAAUAUGGCGGCAGCAGACGGUACUAAGACUCUUACAGCUGAUUGAGCUUCCGCUUCUGGAGAGCCUGCUGGAGGGCCAAGAGAGCCCUCGCCCGUCCCUCCACAGCAUGGACAGUGACCCAGACCUCCUCUACACCAGCAGCUACCUGGACCGUGAGAUCCUCAAGGCCUUCAGCGAGGCUCAAGCAGACAGCUGGUUGUCGGCGGCUGUGGACUGUCUGGAGUUUCUUCCUGAUCAGCUGGUGGUGGUGGUGAGCCGAGGACUGGCCAGGUGUGCGGAGGAGACGUCCCAGUACAAGCAGCUCCUCUACGGGGCCCUCGCUCAGCACUACGGCCGGUCGCACCACCCACCACUGCUCAGCAACUACAUCUUUGACAUCCACUCAGGUGUCUCCGAGCUGCUUGUGAACGGGAAGCAGGAGCAGGCUCUGGAGUCUCUUCAGCUCUGUCUGAAGCUGCAGGAUUCACGCAGUAGAGAGGAGCUCCGCAGGUUACUGCGCUUUAUGGCCCUCGCCGCCAGCCCUCAGGAGAUCAAACUACACAAAGAGAUAGAGAACAGAAUGGCAGUGAAGAGGGCGUUCUCUAAUGCUAUUGUGUAUGGGACUAAACUAGCCAAGGGCAAGGUGGAUCUUCUGGUUCUUUUCAUGACGGACAACCACCACGACCUCUUCAAAAUUCCCGUCACCCUGCACAAACUUGUAAGUGAUAAACUGCUCAGUGUCAUCAAAGGAACGGAUCCUGAUCUCAUCACAGGAACAAUGUACUGUCGUCGUCUGACUGGAAAAGAUUACCUGGAAACGGUUCAGAAGACCACCAGAGAGGAGCUGUGGACCUUACUGCAAACUAUUCACGAGAACUCGAAGCUGUCUCUGAAAGAGAAGCGCCGUCUGCUCGGACAGUUCUACAGAGGACAUCCGGAAAUAUUCGUGCAAUAUUUUGGCAACAGAAUAUCCAAUGUUUAUAUUUAAAGGACCUUCAUUUAAUAUUAUACUGUAUGAUAUGUAAAAAGUAUUUUGUGUGUUGUAAAUAUGUACAUAUUGUGGAAAAACUCAAUACUACUCUUAUGAGGGAAUGAGAUUUGUUGGACAAUUAA